AAGAAGUUCUGAACCGACUGCUAACCUCUAGCAAUUUCUUUCCUGACUUCCACAGGGGAAAUUUUCAGGAGACUUUAGAUUGUCACAGGAUGUAUCUCUUCAAACAGAGACCAUGUUCCCUCCCACAUUCUGCCUCACAGCCCACAGAAAGGACACCCUCUUGUCUCCAGUGACUAUACUGGCUGCCGUCCUUAGGCUCUCCCUUAGACCUGACUGUGUCUGAGAUUACAGACAGAAAGUCUGUACAGAUAACCCAAAAUGCUCUUGCCUUUGUUUUCAGGUGUGAUAACUUUGCAUUUUGCUCAGAAAGUCCCAACAUAUCCUGAUGGUAACCAGACUCCUUAACUUGCCCCUGGGCAGAGUUCCACAAUUUCUUUGUGCCCCUGUUUCUGGGGUAUUGUGUUUUUCCUUAUGUUAAAAAGAAAGUUUAAAACAUAAUAGUCUUGUAAGCUUCAUAUUCAUAAUACGCUCCUGAUAUGAGCCUCCUCGAUACUGGGGAAAGUUGAAGUGGUUUGUAGAGGAGUUCUCCCAGCACUUCAGCAAGAGGCUGGGUUUGAUCAUCCACUUGAUGUUUUUUCCCAAAGACAGUUUAAAAUUGUGUCUCAUUCUCAUGUGCUGGAUCCAACGUGGCUGUGAAUGGAGCUGCCUUCUCCUGUUCCUGGACUGGUUGUCCACAGUUUUCAACAAGCAAAUCCAAAAUUUCUUCAGCAGAGAUGAGGGAAUUGGAGAAAAUUACAUUUCCUCUUCCUGUUUCACAAAAGGAGUGCAUCGUACUACGCCGGAGAACACAAAGAGGAUAGACGCUGCAGAUAGAUCCUGACCCUCAUCAAAGGUACAACUGCACAGCUGUGGGAAGACAUCCAGUCCCUUCACAGCAUUGCUGAACCGGAGGAGGUUGGGCAGUGAAACCAUCAUCUGGAGAUUGGUUAAGUCAGAGGAGCUUCGACAUAUCAUCAGAUCUGGAACUAGUCAGUAAUGUGAAGCCUUCCAUCAGAACCAACCUUUCAGAAGGUUCGGCAGUGGGUGAUAUCAGGGUGAGGCUGGGAAGAAGUGUGAAUGGACUCAGUGGGUGAGAGUUUCAAUCAUUCAUCGAGCCUGAGGGACCUCUAACUCAUUCCUGAAGGUGAGAGGCUGUUUGCGUGUGAGAAGGGCUCCACAGGUUCAUAAAAUCUCAUGACAACCAAGUUGUAACAACGACUAUUAACACAAAGACAGCUCCAUGGAAGACAAACCAUUCAAGUGUGUGGUUUGUGCUAAAUCUUUUGUGACUUCUACAAGGCUCCUGGCACACCAAAUGAUUCACACAGGGGAGAAACCCUUCAGGUGUAAGGUUUGUGAGAAGGCUUUCACCUCUUCUUCCCAACUGCUGAGGCACCAGAGAAUUCACACAGGGCAGAAACCAUUCACGUGCGAGGUGUGUGAUAAAUCGUUCUCGAUUUUAUCAAACCUACGUGUACACCAACGGAUUCACACAGGAGAGAAACCGUUCAAGUGUAUGGUGUGUGACAAAUCAUUCUUAGACGUAUCGAACCUCCGUAAACACCAACGCAUUCAUACAGGGGAGAAGCCAUUCACAUGUGAGGUCUGUGACAAAUCAUUCUCAUCAUCAUCACACCUCCAUGGACACAAACGUAUUCACACAGGGGAGAAACUGUUCACAUGUGAGGUAUGUGAGAAAUCAUUCUCGGAUUCAUCGAGUCUGUGCAGGCACCAACGCACUCACACAGGGGAGAAGCCAUUCGUGUGCAAGGUGUGUGACAAAUCAUUCUCAGACUCAUCAAACCUCCGUGGACAUCAACGCGUUCACACAGGUGAGAAACCAUUCACAUGUGAAGUAUGUGACAAAUUGUUCUCAACACUAUCACAGCUGCUUGUCCAUCAUCGCGUUCACACUGGGGAGAAACCAUUCAGGUGCGAGGUGUGCGACAGAACUUUCUCAAGGUCAUCAAACCUCCUGGUCCAUCAGAGGCUGCACACAGGGAAGAAACCAUUCAAGUGCGAGGUGUGUGAUAAAUUAUUCUCGACAUCGUCGCUCCUCCUUGUGCACCACCGCAUUCACACAGGGGAGAAACCAUUCACAUGUGAGGUGUGUGACAAAUCAUUCUCAGAGUCAUCAAACCUCCGUGUACACCAACGCAUUCACACGGGGGAGAAGCCAUAUAAGUGCGAUGUGUGUGGCAAAUCAUUCUCAACGUCAUCGACCCUCCGUGUCCACCAAUGCAUUCACACAGGGGAGAAACCAUUCACGUGCGAGGUGUGUGACAAAUCAUUCUCAAGGUCAUCAAAUCUCCUGCUUCAUUGGAGAAUCCACACAAGAGAGUAACCUUUCAAGUGUAAGGUUUGCGACAAAGCUUUUCUAACAUCUUUGAACCUCCUGGGACACACAGGAUAUGCACAAAGUUCUCUUCAGUUACAAUGGUUGUGACAAGGCUUUCACACAAUCAAACUAUUUCCUACUCAAACCUGUCAAUCCAAGUUUGGUAAUGAAGGUUUCACACAGUUGUUGGACCUCAUGGGACAUCGACAAACCCACUCAGAACUUGCCAUGUUCUUGUCAAUCUAUUAUUGCAUUGUGAACAAUAUUCCUAUCAAUCUCAGGUUCAAAGGUUCAAUUGACCCUCAGCCACAACUGAUUUUUGUGGGACAGAGUUCCACAAGCCCAGUCCUCUUUUUAUGAAGAACUGUUUGCUGAUAUUGCCUCUGAACAACCUCAUUUUAAUUUUAGUGCCAUGCCCCUUGCUCUGGAAUCUCUGAGCAGAGAAAUAUUAUAUGUUCACUAUACCCUCUUCCAAGUUUAAAUUACAGUUCUGGGAGGGAUCUUGAAUUAUUUUGAAAUGCUUUGUGUUUUUGAUGUAAGCUGAAUAUUGUUUUGCUUUCCUGCUGUUCUUUCAAUCUUCUCUAUAGAUUUAUAAUCUAUAAUAAAUCAUAAUUUUUCAUCACCCAA